GCUUACAAGAACUGCGCUGAAGUCUACCAGUCCGGUGAUAAGAGCAGUGGAGUGUAUAAAAUCAAUCCUGAUGGUUUGGGUGAAUUUGAAGUGUUCUGUGAUCAGAAAACAGCCGUUGGAGGUUGGACAGUGUUUCAGAAGAGGCGAGAUGGUUCUGUUGAUUUCGUCCGCGCUUGGGAUGAUUACAAACGCGGUAUUAGCAAUCUGAACGGUGAGUUCUGGCUCGGUUUGGACAAGAUACAUCGGCUGACUGUAAGCGGUGGUUACAAACUGCGUAUCGACCUGGAAGAUGCAUUCAUGGAAAAACUGCAUUUUCCGAGUACAGCUCCUUUACUGUGA